AUCCUAAGUUAUAUUCUAAACUCUUUCCUGAAUAUUAAAACAGAUGUUCAGCAUUUUUAUAAGUGCUGAAUGAUUCUAUUCUAAAAAAUAAAAACCAGCAGAUAAGGGUCGCUGUUGCCACUUUCACAUUCAAAGUCCGUCUGGCUUGAUCUUUUCAGCACUCCAGGUAUUUAGUAUAAACCCCAUUUUACAAAUUAGAGAAGCGAGGCGCCAAAGAAUUUAUCCAAGACCACAACGUCUUCAAAAUCCAAGCCUGGGCCACUUGCCAAGGUCUUUACACGUCAACAAAAGUCAGAAGAAUCCAGACCCAGGACGCUAAUAUCUUUUCCCCGAAAGCCCCGCUUCUUGAGCCUGGGAGGGGCCGGUCGACGCCUCAACUCCGCCCCGUGACGCACGCAGCCCCGCCUUCACGCCCUCCACCUCUCGCGGGAUCUCUCGAGAGCACGGCUGGGGUCAGGUCCCAUCAUGGCGGCAGAAGAGGCGGAUGUGGAUGUCGAAGGGGACGUCAUGCCAGCGGCGGCACAGUCUGGAAGUGAUGAAAAUACAGCAUCUGUUUUACAAGACCACUAUCUUGAUUCAUCGUGGAGAACUGAGAAUGGUCUUAUUCCUUGGACUCUGGACAGCACCAUCAGUGAAGAGAACAGAGCUGUCAUUGAAAAAAUGUUGUUGGAAGAAGAGUAUUAUUUAUCCAAAAAGUCACUUCCAGGAAAAUUCUGGCUUGAUCAAAAGGAGGAUGAUAAGAAAUAUACGAAGAGUCUGCAGAAAACAGCAAAAAUCAUGGUACACUCUCCUACAAAACCAGCCAGUUACUCAGUAAAGUGGACGAUAGAAGAAAAAGAGCUGUUUGAACAAGGGCUGGCUAAAUUUGGCCGAAGGUGGACUAAAAUUGCAAAGCUAAUUGGAAGUCGCACUGUUUUACAAGUGAAGAGUUAUGCCAGACAAUACUUUAAAAAUAAGGUAAAAUUAGAUGGUCCAGAGAAGGAAACACUAAAUCAGAAGAACAGCAGUGAUUUUCAGAUGAAAAAUGAUGUUGAAGGCACAGAGGUGUGGACACCUUCAGGUUUAAGGGGACGUGCUGAUCCCAACUUGAAUGCUGUAAAAAUUGAAAAGUUAUCUGAUGAUGAAGAAGAAGAAGUAGACAUCACAGAUGAGGCAGACGAGUUGACAUCUCAAGCUCCCCCAAAGAGUCUUAGCCGUGAUCUCUUAUUAGACAUCCCUAAUAAUAAAAGACAUGCAGCCAGUCAAGGGGAAUUCAUUGCUUCUGGCAGCCAGGAAGAUCCCAUUUCUAAAUCUUCCAAAGAGUGCCUUGAGAAUAUAAAGCAAGGUGCGAUGGAUACACGGACAAGUGCAGGAAUUACAUUUUGGACUGAAAAUCAGAAUACCAGUGACCAAAAAUCAGUUGAAUUAAAUGUUCAGAAAUGUCAUAAACUGAUGAAAAACUGUGAUAAGCACGAUGGAAAUGGAAUAAUAGACGAUACCAAGCAGUUGCCUUCUCCAGAGCCUUGUGAAGUUCAGAAAGACUUGAGUGAUAAUGAAUUGCUUUUUCAUUCUUCCUGCCAAAUGGAGGCGGAGAGCCAUGAGGAAGAAGAGCUUAAGCCACCAGAACAGGAAGUAGAAAUAGAUAGAAAUAUCAUUCAAGAAGAAGAAAAACAAGCAAUUCCUGAGUUUUUUGAGGGGCGCCAAGCUAAAACACCAGAACGCUAUUUGAAAAUUAGGAAUUAUAUUUUGGAUCAGUGGGAGAUAUGCAAACCGAAAUACUUAAAUAAGACCUCAGUACGUCCUGGCCUGAAGAACUGUGGGGAUGUUAAUUGUAUUGGACGGAUUCAUACAUACCUCGAAUUGAUAGGAGCAAUCAAUUUUGGAUGUGAACAGGCUGUAUAUAACAGGCCACAACCAGUUGAUAAAGUACGAAUCAGAGACAGAAGAGACACAGUAGAAGCCUACCAGCUUGCCCAGCGUCUGCAGUCCAUGCGCACAAGGAGACGCAGGGUCCGAGACCCAUGGGGAAAUUGGUGUGAUGCAAAAGACUUAGAAGGGCAGACGUUUGAGCAUCUCUCUGCUGAGGAGUUGGCAAGAAGGAGAGAGGAGGAAAAAUGCAGACCUGGUAAAUCUUCAAAAGUGCCAAGACCAACAAAAAGCUCAUUCGAUCCCUUCCAACUGAUACCUUGUAAUUUUUUCAAUGAAGAAAAGCAGGAGCCAUUUCAGGUGAAAGUGGCUUCAGAAGCACUUUUAAUAAUGGAUUUGCAUGCUCAUGUAUCUAUGGCAGAAGUGAUUGGUCUGUUAGGAGGAAGAUACUCAGAAGUUGAUAGGAUAGUUGAAGUCUGUGCAGCAGAACCAUGUAACAGUCUGAGUACAGGACUGCAGUGUGAGAUGGAUCCUGUCUCACAGACACAAGCCUCGGAAACCUUGGCUGUCAGGGGCUAUAGUGUUAUUGGAUGGUAUCAUUCUCAUCCUGCCUUUGAUCCUAAUCCUUCCUUACGAGAUAUUGACACUCAAGCCAAAUACCAGAUUACCUGCCUUGUUAUAAGUGAUGAAGUUAGCGCAGAUGGCUCUUACCGUUUACCUUACAAAUUUGAAGUACAACAGAUGUUAGAAGAACCUCGGUGGGGAUUAGUAUUUGAAAAGACAAGAUGGAUAAUAGAAAAAUACAGGCUAUCCCGGAGCAGUGUCCCCAUGGAUAAAAUCUUUCGCCGGGAUUCUGACCUGACUUGUUUGCAGAAACUUUUGGAGUGUCUGAGGAAAACUCUGAGCAAAGUGACCAAUUGCUUCAUUGCUGAAGAAUUCUUGACUCAAAUAGAAAAUUUGUUCCUUUCCAAUUAUAAAAGCAAGCCAGAGAAUGGAAUGGCUGAAGAGAACACUACUGUGGGGCCCAAGGAAUUGUUAAUGUGAUGAUUUUAAAGUAAGACAUUUUACUCUUGACACAAUAGAUCCUGCUUUCAAAGUUAUAAAGUUGAAAUUAUUGCAAUUUAGUUAACAGUGGCACAGCUUUGCUUUUUGGUUAGUUCACAGAAUUGAAGCUUGCCACAGAAACCGUGUAGCAUAUGGCAAUGAUCAGAGUUGUGUGAAGCUGUGUCCCCCUUAGCUGGCAGUCCUCUAGGGCCAGUAAGCAGGGUGUGGACUGAAAGGUGGCCUCACUGCUGCCUUCAAGUUGGUACGUGGAGUGUGUCUCUGAUUUUCACUUCUCCCGGAGCUAGUCAUCUCCUGUCUCAUAAGGAGUACUUUAUUCUUUUCUUGUGUUUUCCUCAGGCUAGUUUAUGGUUGCAAAUGAGGCAGGGGUGGGUGGUCACUGAGGUUAUUAACAUGGUUGAGAAGUGCUGGUGUAAUGAACCUGACAGCAGCUCUGGGAGGCCAGGGCAAGCAUCAGGAGAAUAUCUUAGCAACUGAAGAUACCUAAAGGAGAGAAUCAAAUUACCAGUUUUUUAAUUACAGGUAUUUGCUUGCAUUUUAUUUUGUAACAACACUACUAGAGGAUAUGCCAUUUUCUUGCCAUCUGAAACAUUUUGUAUGGAUUUCAGAUACACAAAAUAAGUAGCUUCAACUGUAUGCCCACUUAAGUUAGUAUAUGGUAAAGCUUUGGUUAACUAGAUAGAACACAGGUAAUUAUAACCCUUUAACUGGAUUUUUUUUCCUACUACCUGCUAUCAGGAGAAAGAGGCAAAUUACAGUAAAACUUAAGUAAGUCAGAGAGAUGUAAUUUAAAGACAAAAAAAUCCUUCUAGGACAUAACAGUAUAUUAAGCACAGUUUCAUAUACUUAUUGAAACCAGAACAGGGGCAGUUAGUAAUGUAAGCUUUGCAGACCACAUACCAUCUCUGACCUUCUUUAUAUUUUUUAACAAUGCUGUAAAAAUAUACAACCGUUUUUAGUUCAUGAGCCUCACAGAAAACAGGUUGCUGGCCAUUAUCUUCCAAGCCCUGUUCCAGGAAUUGCAAACAGUUUUCAAAUGCAUGAGGCUGAGACACCGUGAACGGUCUUCCAUCUUCAAAACAACAGUAAAACUAAAAAUUGUGAUUUACAUUUAAGUAUAUUUUCAAAUGAAAGUUAGCAGUCAUGCUGCCUGAUUUAUUCUGAUAGAUUUUAGUUCAUUUCUAUUAACUAAAGAAUUGACUUAUGCCAAUUCUUUAUUAAUAACGAUAUUACAUCUAAUCUGCGUAUACUUUUACUUUUUUUUUGAUUUAAUGAAUAUCUAAGGAAAAUAAGUCAGUAUUGGAAGGAGCAGUGAGCCAGUUUUAGAUGACCUGGGUCCUAAUGCAACCUGGUGAUUUGGGGGGAUGUAUUUGACCUUCUCUGGGCCUACAUCCUCCUGGUAACUGAGGUCCAGGUUAUCUCCCUGGCAUCCUUCCAGGUCUAAAAUCUUAAGAUUCAUUCUAAUUUAUUAGACUAAGUACCUGGAGAUUAUAUUUUUUAGAUGGUAUGGUUCCCGAAUUAAAUGUUUCUAAAGAAAAGUGGUAGUAUUUUCCAUUUUUCUGUAUGCAUUUAGGAUAAACAGUGAAACAUAACUUAUAGAGCAGUUACUUUUGGGACUGGACUUAUUACAGCUAGAGGCCAAAAAUUAGGAAACCUGAGUUCUUACCCCACUUCCAUUACUAGCUUUGUUGUGUGACAGUGAUAAAAUCACAUAAUCUUCUGGACCUCAGGCUGGCUCUUCAUCUGAAAUUCCAGGGCAGAAAGUCUGAUUCUGCUAAAGGGAGUAAUUCAUUCCUUACUGCUCUUCCUUGUGACAUGUUUUCUUCACUGUACAUCAGGAACAGACCCUAGAAAGUGGUAAUAAUUAGCUCUCUUGAUGGGCGUUUCCCUCUCAUCCUUCAAAGACAGGCUGCAGCAGCUAGUUUUAGUUUUCAGGUGGAUAUUUUGUGCUGGUUCCUAAGCAUUAGUUUUUUGUUUUGUUUUUAUUUAGGGCCGCACCCAGGGCAUAUGGAAGUUCCCAGGCUAGGGGUCAAAUCGGAGCUACAGCUGCUGGCCUAUGCCACAGCCACGCGGGAUCUGAGCCCUGUCUGCAAACCACACCUCACGGCAAUGCCAGAUCCUUAACCCACUGAGUGAGGCCAGGGAUCGAAUCUGAAUCCUCAUGGUUCCUAGUUGGGUGCGUUAACCACUGAGCCACAAAGGGAACUCCCUUUAAUCAUUAGUUUUGAAACUCAUGCCACAUGUCCUGCUGCCUUUUCUUUCUGCAUUUCCCUCCAGCCCUUUUUUUCCAUCCUCACUCCCUCACUUCUUAACUCGCAGCGUGUAGGCGCAAGACCCUUCGUUCUGUCAUGUGUUGAGACCGGGGCCGGAAGGAUAGAGUUGAACAGACCCACUCCUCUUUCCCAGAAGUGCACUAAUGCUGCCCCAGCCUUCUCUCCAGAACUUUCCUCCCCACGGGCAUGCCUGGGCAGCAGGGGAGACCACAGCCUCAGUGUGCAACCUGUGGGGGCCUCCUGUUCUCCAUUUACCUUCUUCCUGUUCAUCUGGUCCAAGGGAUGUGCCAAGGAGGACCUGGUGUAGUCAGGCUGCCCGAGGACUGAUGCAGAGGAACCAUCCGACACGUGACCGCCUCAGGUCAUCAGCUGGCAUCCAGUUGGUGGGAUUCUCCGUAGAAAUUAAGUCAGGGUACCCGAAUUUUGUGGUCCCCUCCCACCUGUAGUCUUCUCACAGCUGGAGACUUAAGUCUGAAGUCACACGUCUUGACAUUUAGGAACACUUCCUUCACACAAGCACAACAGAAAAAAGCACAUACAUUUGUAUCAGCAUCUGUUCCAGCAGGUUAGUACAAAAUGUAGCAAAGAAAUUUGAACUGCAUCUCCAAUUUACCAAUAGUGUAAUCGUUUUCUUACAAAUUAAUACCGUAUUUUGCAGUAUUUCCAGAAAAUCACCAUGAAGAAUAAUGUAAUAUACUUGAGCUUAAUUCCUGAUCUUAAAUGUUUUUAUGUAUGCUAUUCCCCACAUUCUUUUUUCAUUUACCCUGUAAUUUGUGCUUUCUGGUAUUCUCUAAAUCUUACCUUUUAAGCCACCUUAACCCUUUUUGGAACAAGACGAAGAAUAAAUGUUAUCCCUUUAAAUCAGGUGAAAGUCAAAAUAUCCCAGAGAAGGUCUGAUUAUAUCAGGACUCUAUAUGAAACCAACUUGGAGAAGGUAAAAAUAACUCAUGAUAUCUUGGUGGUUUUAUUUUAUUCCUUUGACUGGAUUUAUGAAUAUAUUCAUAAGAACUUUAAUUUCAGCAAAAAGUGCCAAUCUGCUAUCUUUGAGGUUUCUGUGGAGUACUCUCUUAGGAAUGAAGAAAUAUUAAGUAUGAUUUUAUAGUUUGCAUUCCUGUUUCAUAGGUUAUUGCAGAACAUUUGUUUGAACCUAUGAAUUAUAAAAUAGUAUUUAGAUUCUAGCAUGAUUUAAAAAUAGGUUAUGUAUAUCUUUAAAGUUGUGGACUUGAUGUGUAAAUUGUAUAUAUUAUGUGUAAGUUUACCAUGAUUAUUAGUAAACCUGUUGCUGUUUUGUUGUCCCCCAAUGGUAUCAGUGUUUAUGGAUUUCUUUUAUUGCUUUGAAUUUUGGAAUAUUCUGUUAACAAAAUAUGAUUUAAAUGAUUUUAUACAUUUAAAUAUGCCAUGUUGUCUAUAUUAAAGAAUAUUGUAAAUAUUAAUGUUUGUAUAGUCAGGAAAGCUUUUCCUGAAAAUGAUUGAACCUUCCUCCCUGUACCUAACUGCGACAUAAAAAAAAAACUGAUUUUAAGCUUUGGGGUUUUAUCUUGUGAGAAUUAAAGGAAAACAUUCUGAAGAUUCUAUAUAAAUAAAAUUUUGAAAUAGUGAA